UUUUAUCCAUUCCAUUCCCGCCAGACUUUGAGAAUUUGCAAUGGCGGUGAGCUGCUUCUUCUCUGCGGCUAUAGCUAUUCCAAUCCAUCAUCGCAUUACUUGUCAAGCUCUCUCUGCCCCAUCAUCAGCUGUUCCUAUAAACCCUAAUCCAUCUUCCUUAUCCUGCGCCCUCAAUUGCACCCAUUUCCAAUCGUGUUCUGGUUGCACUCAAGAGUACGAUCUCCAUCGUCCGGUAGUAAUUGAUGAAGCUAUAGGUUUCUUCAACAAGCUCGGCGUCAAAGAUUUUUCCUUUGACACUUGUAGAUUAUGGGGAUGGAGGUGUCGUGCAAAGCUUGCUGUUCGCGGUUCAUCAAGUGAGCCGCUGAUUGGGCUUUAUGAGGAGGGCACUCAUAACAUAGUUGAUAUCCCAGAUUGUAAAGCUCAUCAUCCAAACAUCAAUGCUGCUGUGGAGCUCUUGAAGCAAGGGAUAAUUGAGUUGAAUGUUGAACCAUAUGAUGAAGAUCAAGGCACCGGUGACUUGAGGUAUGUUCAGAUGGCCGUCACUACUCACGAUACAUCCCUUCCUAUCCCGGAGAGAUAUAAGAAUGGUAAAGUGCAGGUCUCAUUGGUUUGGAAUUCUAGAAGCGAGAAUUCAGUUAACACUGGAAAACUAAAUGCUUUAGCCAAUUUCCUCUGGGCCAACGGUGGACCAAGGAGAAAAGUUCAUUUAGUUCAUUCCGUUUGGGCUAAUUUCCAGACCUCGUCAAAUAAUAUUAUUUUUGGAAACAGAUGGAGACAUUUGUUAGGGGAAAGAGAUUUCUGGGAGCACGUUGGAGGGAUUGAUGUCUCUUUAGCUCCAUCAAGCUUUGGGCAAGCAAAUACCCGGGCUUUUGAUUCUUUGCUGCGGAAGCUACACAAAUAUGUACCUCAGGGUGCAUCAGUUGUUGAUCUCUAUGCAGGAGCUGGUGUAAUUGGGUUGUCUUUGGCUUUUUCAAGGAAAUGCAGGUCAGUUAAAUGUGUUGAGGUAAACAAGGAAUCCAGGCAAUCUUUUGAGAAGACAGUUGAGCGCUUGCCUACCAAUGUCGAAAGCAAUAUCAGCUGGCACCAUGCAGAUGCUUCAAUGGAACCAACUUCAUGGCUCUUGGGAUCGGAUGUUGUUGUGGUUGACCCUCCGAGGAAAGGACUGGACCCGUCCUUGGUGAAGGAACUACGGCAUGUCUCAGCAAUUGAACUCAGAACAUCUAAAAGACCUGAAAAGGUCAAAGACGAGAAGAGACCGUGGAUCCUGCGUGCCCGAGAAGCUGCAGUUCAAAUUGAAAACACAACUGUACAUGAGGAAAAUCAAUCAUUGCCUCAAACUCUUAUCUAUAUUAGCUGUGGUUGGGAAAGUUUUAAAGAGGAUUGCUUGUCAUUGCUAGCUAGUAAGGAGUGGCAUUUGCAUAAAGCCCAUGGCUUUAAUUUCUUUCCUGGAACACAAAGUAUUGAGAUUCUAGCUGUGUUCAAACGAGGCAGAGGAGGUAGCACCAAGAAGAAGAAAUUGGGAAAAAAACAAAAGAAACCCCACUGAGUAAUGCAUCAGUAAGAGAAGAGGACAACAUUGAAGCACAUAUUCAACUGAAGUAAAUUACAAGGAACAGAACAACAGCUGAGAGGAGAAGCCUUCGUUCUGGUAAUUUUCAAUGGCACAAGACAUUCCUCAUGAUGCUGUUCUUGCCUUAUGGGUCAUUUAUAUGACUCGCCAGUCCAACGGCUGUAUAAGUUAAUGCUGCGAAAGUCAUUUGCGCCUAAUUAAGAAUGUCUAUUCAUAAAGAUUGUUUCGCUCAUUUCUGGUCUCACAUCAUUACCAUUGUGCUUGCAAGAAGCAGAUAAUGCUUGGGGUUGUUUGGGUUGGGAGAAAAAUUCAUGAGUUCAUGUAUAGCAAGAAAAUAAUCUUUCGGCUCUUAAAGCAUCCAUCUCCCAUGUCUUUCUCUAUGGUCUCAAUCGUUUCUCUUUUCUUAUGUUGCUAUGAGUAACGGAGCAUGUAAGUGUUGGGCAUCUGGAUGCUUUAUUUGAUGAAGCUAUAUGAUUUCUCUUUACUCUAUUGCUU